AUGAUUCCCGUACUCCUGAUCCAAGCUCUGCUCUCCAGCGCCCUCUGGAGUCCCGCGAGGACAACAGCCAUCGUCAGCUUUUCUCCCUACCCUCUCUUCACAAUGGAGUCACUCAGCGGUGCCACUGAAACUGAAGACCCUAAACAAGCCUCCACUGUUCCCCCUGAUCAGGACCCAGAGACCAAUGUAAUUGAUCCGAUCACAGAUGGUGGGAGUCGAGCGAGUUCCCAGAUCGCCGUGACAUCUGCGGCAACCUCUUACUUUAAUGGGGUGGGUGGAGCGGGAAGCAAGAAGAACCUUCUGGAACCAGGGGCCACCACCACCACCACCAGUGCCAUUGGAUCCAGACAACAGGUGGCACUGGAAUUGUUCAGUGCUCCAAACACAGGGCAUACCUCCCCGGCUAUGGGUGUUUCCAGGGAGGAAAACCGUACUACCCAUCUGGUUCCAUUUUCUGCAACUAACAAAGGCCUUGCAAUUGGCGACCGCUUAGAUCCUGCCUUCUCAAAUGCACCAAAGGGAAACAGCACCGAUACUGAGCGACGCUGCUUCUGUAAAAUUCCAGGAGCCGAAGGACAAAAGAGAGACCAAGGUGAAAAAGAGAAUGCGGAUGUGCUGAGACUUGCCAGGAGAAGAGGAGAACUGCGGUCUUUGGUCGACGUCAGACAAGACAGAACAGCGGAAAGGGGGGAUUCCAGAUCCAGGGCCGCUGUAGGUAGACCAGUGUCCCCUCAUCAGGCAGAACAAUAUGGUGGCUCUACAGAUUUUUCUUUUCCAAGAGGUGACAAAGGCGAGGUUGGGAGCCCUGGCCCCAUAGGAAUUCCGGGGCCAAAGGGAGACACAGGGGAACAUGGAGAACCAGGUCCAAAAGGGGACACUGGACAGAAAGGUGAUCCUGGGGAGAAAGGAGAAAGAGGCAUAGCAGCAGCUGCAGGCAUGUGGAACAUGCACUGGUGGUGUGCUGUCUUGGCAGUGGUAACCACUGUUGCUAAACUGAGCACAGAGGGCAAAAGUACCCCAUCGCCCAAGUUCACGAAGAUAAAAGUGGCUGGCAUGGAAGACGCUGACGGCCUUGGUGCUUCCGAUGCUUCACCCACUGAAGACAACCAUUUCACUGAACCAGCAGAGACAAGCGACUCCACCAUGGAGCUGUCCACUCCAAACUACGCCUUCCGAACAGCCACCACUCUCUUCCCUUUUGAAAACUUCACCCUCGACUCAUCCGACUUCUUCUUUAACUGCUGUGAUUGCUGUGCUGCCACCCCAGGGGAGAAGGGCGAACCCGGAGAGCGAGGAUUGCCAGGUCUGAAAGGAGAGGCGGGAGAAAAAGGACUUCAGGGUCUACCAGGAAGUCCUGGACUACAAGGUGCGAGAGGAUUCAAAGGAGACAAAGGAGAUAAAGGAGAACAUGGAGCCCAAGGAGCAAAUGGAAUCCCGGGAUUUCCAGGCAAGACAGGAGAACAAGGUGAAAUGGGAUUCAAAGGAGACAAAGGAAACUAUGGCCUGCCCGGCGCCAAGGGGCAAAAGGGCAAUAAGGGCGAACUGUGUGAGAACGGCACCAAAGGAGAGAAGGGAGAUAAAGGGGAGCUGGGAUUGCCAGGGAUCGAUGGGGAAAAUGGGGAGAAGGGAGAAAAGGGGGAGCUUGGGGAAAAGGGCUACUGUGGAGAUCCUGGAGAUAAGGGCGAUAGGGGAGAACGGGGGGAGAUUGGGCCCAAAGGGGACAAAGGUGUCAAAGGAGACAUGGGGGUCGAGGGUAUCCAUGGGAUGGAUGGGCAGAAGGGAGAAAAAGGCGACCAAGGUUUUAGGGGGGACAAAGGUGACCCAGGGCCAAUUGGGAUAAUGGGACCCCCAGGGGUGAAAGGAGCGGCCGGCUUCAAAGGAAUCAGGGGACCACCUGGGAAGAAAGGCGCCAAAGGUCCGAAGGGGUCAAAGGGCGAGGUCUCAAGCCCCCCCAGAUCAGCUUUCAGUGUUGGCCUGUCCAAGCCUUUCCCACCUCCUAACACACCUAUUAAGUUUGACAAGAUUCUGUACAAUGACCAGGAAGAUUACAAUCCCUCAACGGGGAAAUUUAAUUGCACCAUCGCUGGGGCUUAUAUCUUCUCCUACCACAUGACCAUCCGAGGGCGGCCUGCCCGCAUCAGCAUUGUGUGCCAAAACAGGAAGAUGGUCAGGUCUCGGGAGACCUUGUAUGGGCAAGAGAUAGACCAGGCUUCCUUCCUAACCAUUCUGAAAUUAAACAUAGGGGAUCAAGUUUGGCUUGAGGUCACGCGAGACUGGAACGGGGUUUAUGUUAGUGCUGAAGAUGACAGCAUAUUUUCUGGUUUCCUCUUAUAUCCUGAUGAAAUGCUUGACACCUUACUAUAA